UCCAAUCAAGGCAUUUAUAUAUAUCCCUGCUUCAUACGUAAUUUGUAUUCUGUAGGUGCAGGAAGCUUCUUUUCUUCAAGAUUUUCAUCAGCCAGCAAGCGGAAUCUAUUAUUGAGAAUGGAAACCGUUGCAAGGUCCAACAGUCUUAAGUACGAGUGCUUGUUGUUUGAUAUGGAUGACACAUUGUAUCCUCUUAGCUCAGGUGUCAACCUAGCUUGUCGCAAGAAUAUAGAAGAGUAUAUGUUGCAUCAUCUGAAUAUUGAAGAAACUGAAGUGCCAAAGAUGUGCUUGGAACUAUAUAGAGAGUACGGCACAACAAUGGCAGGCUUGAAGGAGCUAGGGUACGAAUUUGACAACGACAAGUUUCAUGAAUUUGUGCAUGGAAGAUUGCCGUAUGAGGUGCUAAAACCUGAUCCACUGCUCAGGAACCUCCUACUUUCCAUGCCACAGCGCAAAAUUAUAUUCACAAAUGGGGAUAAAGCGCAUGCAAUUAGAGUGCUGAGCAGGUUGGGUCUGGGAGAUUGUUUUGAAGGUAUUAUAUGCUUCGAAACUCUGAAUCCUACCUUGGAGGAUACUGCUACUAUUUUAUGCAAACCUUCCCUCAAAGCAAUGGAGGCUGCUAUUCGAAUUGCAAACCUUGAUCCAAACAAAACUAUUUUUUUCGAUGAUAGCGCUCGAAACAUAGCAAGUGGUAAACAAGCUGGACUGCACACGGUUGUUGCGGGGAGCUCAACUUUAGUGGCAGGGGCUGAUCACGCCUUGAGGAGCAUACAUAACAUAAGAGAUGCCCUUCCUCACAUAUAAGAAGAAGGAGAUUUCCCACAACAAAUUAUCCAAUCCAAUGCCUCUGAAUUAACUGUUGUACAAGCAUAAACGUGCAUCAAGACUUUAAUUUGGUGAAUGUCAAUCAACGAUCUACGUAAAAUAAAAUAAGCACAAUGAUGUGCUAGAUUAUGCAUUGAAUUUAUGAUAGUAGAUUUAUAAGUGUUUGUAUUUAUUCCAGAAGAAAUGAAAUGAAAAAUAUGAAAAAGCUAAGAUAAAUAUUGUAUGAGGUCCCUAUCUGAUACUAGAUGCAAA